ACAUGGUGAUCUUUGAUUACCCCACGGCCUCCCCACCACCGCACGUGAAUAUGGAAUACCUUAGGUUUAGUUUCAUUAUCAAAUUACACAUAAACGCGUUAGUCGUUACUAAUUAAAUUAUUUAAUGUCUCUAUCAAAAGCCACGCAACAACAGACGAGCAUUUAAAUCUCCACGUGGGUCUAACCCGGUUCGGUUUCAUUACCCGGCUUCGGUUUACUAAAUCCCUAUGCCGUCACGAUCAAUCUCGGCGACGGUUCUGGUUCCGGCUCCGGCUCCGAUCGUUUCCUCUUUAGCCCCAGCAGCGCCGUUGGGACAUCAGAAUAAGACAACACGAAUCUUUCCACCGUUAGUGGCGGCUGGAGCCGGCGCCGGUUUCUCUCUCUUCAUCACUCUCUCCGUCUGUUUCUGCAAAUUCAGCCGGAAACGUUCAUCACCUCCGGCGGAAAACGCCUCCUCUUCGCCACGGAAAUCAUCGCCACGUGAGUUUUCUUAUUCGUCUCUCCGUCGCGCCACCGCAUCUUUCUCGCCGGCGAAUAGACUAGGUCAAGGCGGAUUCGGCGUUGUAUUCCGUGGAACUAUCUCCGGCGGCGAGAAUGUAGCCGUUAAAGUAAUGGAUUCAGGAUCUCUUCAAGGAGAAGGUGAGUUUCAAAACGAGUUGUUCUUCGCCGCCAAACUUGACUCGCCUCACGUUGUCCCUGUGAUUGGCUUCUCUCACGAUCGAAAACGACGACGUUUGCUUCUUGUUUACAAGCUCAUGGACAAUGGUAACCUCCAAGACGCGUUGCUUCACCGGAGAUGCCCUGAGCUUAUGGAUUGGAAUCGGAGGUUUUUGGUUGCCGUUAACGUUGCGGAUGGGAUUAAGCAUCUUCAUAGUCUUGAACCACCUGUGAUUCAUGGUGAUAUAAAGCCUAGCAAUGUUCUAUUGGAUGAUCUCUUCUCUGCCAAAAUCGCUGAUUUUGGUCUGGCGAGGUUGAAACCGGAGCAAGUGGAGAUUACUGUAGCGCCGGAGCGUGAUGGUGAUGGAUCUAUGGUUGAAGAAGUAGAGAGUGUGAUAACUACUGUGACUGGUUAUGAAGAUUGUAACUUUGGGUUGGUUGAUCAGUCGCCGGAAAGUGUUGCUAAGGUUCCUGGGUCUGUGAGUGCUUCUCCGGAGACUACGACGUUUGUCUCUGUUUCUCCGGAAAUGGGGGAGAAAACGGAUGAGGAUGGUGGUAGUGUUGUGGUGACAAGGAAGGGGAAAGAGACUGAGAGCAAAGAUUGGUGGUGGAAGCAGGAGAGCAAUGUUGAAAGAGGGAAAGUGAAGGAGUAUGUGAUGCAAUGGAUUGGUUCAGAGGUUAAGAAGGAGAGACCGAGCAGAAACGAUUGGAUUGAGGCAACAGCUUUGUCUUCGUUGUCAAGUAAGAAACUUGAGAAGAAGACUAGUAAGAGACUAGAAUGGUGGUUGUCACUAGAGGAAGAGGAUGAGAAGAAGAAGAGGAAGAAGCGGAGGAUGGUUAGAGAGUGGUGGAAAGAUGAGUAUCGUAGAGAACUCGCUAAUAAAAAGAAGAAGAAGAAGAAGACGAGUUUAGAAGCUGAAUUUUGUAGUGAUGAUGGGAGUAGUAGUGUGAGUCAAUGGCGGCGUGGUAGUGGUAGUGGUAGCAGCAUAGAUUGGUGGUUAGAUGGGUCGCCUGAGUAUUGUAACUUAGAAAACAAUGUGUCUGAGAAAUGCGAUGUCUAUAGCUACGGUGUUCUGUUGUUAGUUCUGAUUUCCGGGAGGCGCCCGUUGGAGAUGACAGGAUCCGCGAGCGAGAUCCAAAGGGCAAACCUCAUGUCUUGGGCGAGGAAGCUGGCGAGAAGAGGGAAACUACUUGAUCUUGUAGACCAAAAGUUGCAAAAUUUAGACCAAGAACAAGCAGUGUUGUGCAUAAAGGUGGCCUUGCUGUGUCUGCAAAGAUUGCCGAUUUCACGACCGUCAAUGAAAGAGGCUUUGGGAAUGCUUAAAGGAGAAGUUAAUCUACCAGAGUUGCCUACCGAGUUCUCACCAUCGCCUCCAUUGAAGACGGGAAAGCGUUCGACAGCAGAUCAGGUGAACGGGGCGGUGAAUUACAUUGAGUAUUUGCAAAGGAAUAUCAAGGACAUAAGUUCCAAGAGAGAUGACCUCGUGCUAUUGUCUGGACGAAGCUUUGGGAGUAGUAAUGAACAAGACUGGAAUCAGAUUUCGAAUCAUACCGUGAUCAUUCGUCCGUGUUUGGUCGGGAUAGAGAUCGUGUUUAGCGUUCUCCAAACGCCGUUCUCAAGCGUUUUGAAAGUGCUUCGUGAACACGGUCUCUGUGUUCUUGGCUGCAUCUCUUCCAGUGUAAAUGAUAGACUCAUUCACACUCUACGAGCUGAGGUCAAUGAUCUGGCUUUGAUCGACUUAGCAGACAUUAAGGAUACACUUACCCUAAUGAAGUAAUUAAACGUUUUUUUCAGUUAACUUCUCCAUCAAAACGAUGUACAUAUGGUUUCUUAGUACUGUAUUGUGUCUUUUUAUUUAUAUUUGGGUUUUGCAGAUUUUGAAAAGAAAUAAUGUAUUUCUUC